AUGCCUUUUCUGGAUAAAUGGCCCCAAUGGCCUGAUUUCGUGGAGUCUGAUGUGCCAGCCGAGGCAGAGGAACGAAUUCGAGGGUAUAAAAAACAGAUUCUCGCUGAGUAUGGCGAGAAAAACCUCCGAAAGGCGUGGGUAAAAACCUGUGAACGACUCGAGGAAGUAACAAGAGAGAUUCUUGCCCAAGGAUCGUCCAUUAUUCCAGUCCUUGAUUUUGAAGAAUUAAAAUCCCUUGGGGAACAGAAAAAGCAACGGAUGAAAGAGUUGGGAUGUUUCGUGAUCAGAGAAGUGAUUCCCAAAGACGAAAUCACCUCUCUUUUCAAAGAUCUGAAGGAUUAUAUUGCUGUAAACAAAGAAUCCAUAUCCGCGUGGCCUGAAGCAAACCCAGCCGUUUAUCGGCUCUCUUGGACACCAACACAGCAGGCUAUUCGUGGCCAUCCGCGUCAUCUUCAAGUCCAGAAAUAUUUGAACGGAUGCUGGCAUGAUGAGAUGCAUGCGACCUCACCAGAGCCUCUGACAUAUGCAGACUCACUCAGGAUUCGGCCACCAGGGCAAGAAUUCUAUGGUCUCGGUCCUCAUAUUGAUGCUGGUAGCCUCUGUCGGUGGGCUGACCCAUCCUACCGCAAAGUCUACCAGAAGAUAUUCUCUGGCUAUCCCGAGGACCAUGACUGUUAUGACCUUGGCAUCAGAAAAGACGCCAACCAAGCUGCCUUCAAAGGCAGCGCGCAUUCGACCGUCUUCCGUGCAUUCCAGGGUUGGACAGCUAUGACAGGCGCAAAACCACGCGAGGGAAGUCUACUGUUGUACCCGUAUGUUGGUGUAGCCAUGUCUUAUCUACUACUCCGGCCUUUCUUCACUCCUCCGACUGAAGGGGACAUUAUGGAUGCCUCCAGAUGGACUUUCAGUGCGGAUAAUGGGUGGUUCCCCGGUACCGACCAGAAGACCAGCCAAUAUCUUGGCCGAGAGUCACACCCUCAUCUGCGACUAGAGGAAUGCCUUGUUUACAUUCCAGAUAUGGAGCCUGGUGAUACAAUUUGGUGGCAUUGUGAUAUGAUCCACGCUGUUGAAAUUGAACAUUCCGGAUUGCAUGACGCCAGUGUUGUCUACAUUGCGGCUACACCAACCACGGAAACGAAUAUCCAAUACAUCAAGUCACAGCUGGAAGACUUUUUGAAGGGAAACCCCCCUGAAGAUUUUCCCGACGGAACGGAUGAAUCAAAACUUGUAGGAUACCUCGGAGAAAAAGGCCUUUUAAGCGACGAGGCACGCAAAGCAAUGGGUUAUGGGCUAUGA